AUGCUGAGUGCGCGCCCAAUUGCGCUGAACGCUGAUACUCGGACCCCCGGAAGGGCUCUAAAGGGCCGCAGUACUCUCCAAGAGAAUGUGUACCGAGGAUCCAUGACAAUCAGUGUCAAAGGGAAGGGCGCACUGACUCCUCAUCGCCCUCUUGCCUCUCGGCCUCAUAAAACUUCCAAAGAUCAAGGCCAGCCCACAGUAUCCCGACCACUUGGGGAUAAAACUCCCUUCCCAAAUAGAGUAGCGAAUUUAGUACCGUUCUGUCCUCCAGAACCCCUGACUGGAAAACUGGCCAAGCUCUCCCUGCUCGAUGCCCCACCCACUCUAGCUACUAUAACUCCCGGUGCCCUCUUGCGUCCGUCUUCAGCUAGAAAAAGUCUCCGAUCACCUAGGCUCAGCGAUUCUGGUGGGAGGGCAUUCGAGCUCAGGACGCCAGUUACUCAAGGCAAUCACUGGGAUGUCAGUGACGGUGAUGUUGAUCUUGGACAGCAUGUAAGCGUUGAGGAGACCGAAGCUGUCCAGGAAGAAGACUACGAUGAAAUUGAAUAUAUGCCGCCUGCCGCGACUUUUCCACCAUAUGAACCCCCAUUCGAGAUGCCGAACUACAAAAUCGCCGGGAGAGCCCUGUUGGAACUGGCUCAUUCAGCUAAAUUCGACGAUACGGCAGACCUAUAUUGUGCACAGGAUAUUGAAGUCGACAUUGACCCCCGUGAGGUUUGGAACAUGAGUGGCUUUGUGGCUUCACCAUUAGAUUGGGAGAGAGUGGAGCUACCUGAGCUCGAGAAUGAUAGCCCUUUGCCGCGGAAAGCAACAUCAACCAACUCAGCUGCCAAAUUGUGCAAGCCUCAGGCUCGCACGCAUGUAUCAAGCUCUACAGCCGCUCAUCGACCCACAGCUGCUGCACGAUCUGUUCCUUCUGUGCGUUUGCAAGGUACUUCCCAACCAAUCCAAAUGUCUACCAGGUCCACCGGUAAUUCAGCGUCUGGCUUCACUACACGGCAAGCGGCACGUUCCUCGACGAACGCCUCUUCUAACGGUGGAAACGGCGCGAAACAGUCUGCACCCUCCACGAGAUCGAGUGCUCGAUCUACCGCAUCUACCAAUGUACGGUCAACCACAGCUUCAGGGACCCGCGGAGCGGGCACUACAAAGCCUGUCCAGUCUCUUGUACAUGCUCGAUUGUCGGCGAACGCGAUUACUCCCGCAACUAGGGCGGCUACGGCAAGGAAGGCAAAUGUAACCGUUAGCUCCGUCCCUCCUGCCGCUUCGACCUCGGUCGUGGGACGCAGAACUCCAGUAGUCGUGGGCUCGACGAUACGGAAUACUAAAACUGUGCGCUCUGCGUCAGUCGAGACGACACGAUCGCGCCCCGUCCCCAAAGCCAAAACAUCAGGACCAAGUGUCAACGCGUUGAGCAUGGCUGCUUUGGAGGAAACUGAACCCUUGGAUGGCGGACUUGUGAUAAUGUUUGACGAUAUAUGUUCUGAUGGAUUUGAAGAGGAUUUCGUGUUCAACAUAUAG